AUGCUUGGUAGGAGAGUUGCGGAGGACUUAAAAUUUGCUGAGGGUCGAUAUAAAGUCAAUGUUGAAUUAAGUGUUGUUACUGACAAAACGGCCAUGACAGGAAAGACUACCGAAAAAUUUGCAAGAGUAGAUGUAGUUGCUGAUGAAAGUAGUAUGAUGUGUGUUAAGGAUAUCCUUGAAGACUCGAUUCAAGUUUCAUCUGUCAUAAAUGAAGUUACAAAAAUCUUUUUAAGUCAAUUUCCUAAGACAUCUAUAAUGGACCUACGUCCAAAAUCAAAAUUUUCAUUAUUUCUGGAUUUGGAACUUCAAAAAACCAUUUUGCACGAAGUUUUUGACGAAAUUGAUAACUAUAUUACUGAUGAUAUCCACGAAUAUCUUACGUCAUUUUUCAAUGAAGAUUUCACUGCGCAGGGCUGGGAUAAUGCUAUCAACAAUAUGGAUUUUAAUAGAUGUGAUUCAGAACACUUAAAGAAUAUUAAAAAAUUAAUACAAGAAACUUUACCCAAAUUUUUAAAAGCGUUUUCAUUGGAGGAUCUUAAUCCGUUGAGGGAUAUUACAAUCCUGGAGAAACUGCAUCUUAAUCAGUUUGUACACCUUAUAAUUGAUUCAGCAUUGUGGAAUUUUGCCAAGGUUAAUUACAUAUUUGGUGAAAUUCCUCUGAAAGGUCUUGAAACUAGAAUACAGGCCGAUGGAGUAGGAUUUCUCAAUGACGUGGUAAACUACCCUAUAGUUUGUGGUGAAGGAGCUAGACUGGGUGUACUGCAGAAAAAAAGCAUGGAUGAUGAUAUCAAGAAUGCAAUCUUAAGAGUUUAUGGUUUAACUGCAUUCAAAACUGAAUUGUCACUAACAAUGAUGGAUUUUAGAAGUGUACAUAGGUUAUUCGAGGUUGAUCAUUUCUGCCUACCGAAAAACUGGGUUGAUAUGCCAAACUUUGUGUGGUUAUAUGAGGAAAUAGUCAAAUGGGCUCUAUGUAUUAAUUCAACACGAAAUGAAUUGAUCGGGCAUAGAAAGAAAAGAAAGGUGAGCCGAUAUUCUGAAGUUGGCAUCGCAAAAAAAUUAGCAUCAUUAAGGGAUCAAUAUGAAUAG